AUGUUAAAUGAUGUAGAAGAUGUAAAUAAGAAAUAUGAAAAGCUGGUCAACUUGGAGACCAGUGGUUGGAAGCCAAGUCUUCCCCAAGUACAGGCCAAAAAACUGGUAAAGAAAAAGGCUGUUGUAGGGGUAUCUUCAAAACCAGGACCAAGUGAUGGUGGAAGAGCAGCUGCCAAAAGCCGUUUGGCAGCAAUAAAGGCAUCUAUGAAAGCUAAACUUAAGCAGGAGGAGACUACUGAGGCAUCGUCUGAACGUGUUGAAAAUGCAGAUAUGGUCGUGUUUGAUGCUGGCUUUUUUAUGGUAGAAAGUCCUGCAAAACAUUUUAAUGGUUCAACUUCUAAAAUGCAUGCCAAUAUUUCUUCAGGAAAAUGCAGGCCACAAACUGUUACCCCAAGAUCCAUAUCAAGGACUGCAAAAAGAAGCUGCAUUAUGUCGUUUGCCUCGCCCAUAAAUAAUCCAUUACAAAGUACAGAGAUCACUCAUACAUUCACACCACUUCCAAUGGUCAAUGUUGGAGAACAGUUAGAAAGGAUUGUUGCUGAAGAAAGCGAGUGUGGAAAUAUGAGGCACUGUAUACAAACGAAUAAUGAAUGCGUGGCAGUAAAUUGUCAGAAGAGCUGUCUUCCCGCCAAACUUACUUCUACAGAGUUUAACAGUUGUCCAAGUCCCAUGACUGCAAAAGUUACAGACAUUAUGGUGAAUUCAGCUGACACUGUUAGUAGUGACGUAUUAAUGUGUAGUCCAGAAAAGGAAAGCAUGCUUGAAAAGGCUCCUGAACAAUCCGAUGCCUCUUUGUCAGUGAAACAAAGUAAUGAAUUACAGUCUCUGUACAGCGCAGGACUGAGCCAUACUGACACAUUUCCAGCUGCUUCUGGUGAUGGAAUCCACAGUCAGUUGGAAACACAUGGCAAUCCUACACCACUAGAAAUGGCUGGUCUAAACUGCAUUACAUCUCCUUCCAACCAAAACCUUGCAUUAGCAUCUACCAUUACUGAUGACCUAAUUGUGUUUUCACCUGUUGGUACACCAUUUCAUCCAUAAAGAAGCCAAUGGAUUUUAUUUGCAACAUUAUGGAAACUUCAUCCACUUCCGAAAAUACUAUGUGAACUGUAAAUAUUUGUGUGUUUCUGUCUAGCAUACUGCUAAGAGUAUAAUUAACAUAUUUUAGCUAAUACUGAAAAAAGGUAAUACCUCAAGUUUAACAUAUGCAGUAUUUGCAACAAAAUUUCACCAGAACUGCUUACUAUGCCUUUUAAAAAUGGAAGACGUCACAGCUGUAAGAGUUCCACUGAGCUGUCUAAAAAUGGUCACCAUGAUUGGAGUACUUCUUCCAUUAACAACAUGCAGAAUACAAAACUGUGCAUCUUUGUUUUGUUUUACUUUCUAGCACUAUGUGAAUUUUUAAUCUUCUUAACAGAAUCAGUGCAUUAUGUAUCAGUUUUGAAAUGUGAUACUACUUUUAUUUAUUGCAGAAAUCCAUAAACUGAUGUACAUAACUUUAAUGAAACAUUUAGUGUUGUGCAGAUACCGGGGAUAGCAACUAAAACAGAGGAACACAUGCAUGGGGGGGAUACUACAGUUUGUAUAUCAUCAGAGAAAGUGCAGUCUGUCUUUUUUCCAGUGUCAUCCAUUCCCUCCACUAGUUGCAGUAAGUGAGCAACAAUAUGGAUAAAUCGAUAUCUACCUUUUAGAUGACCAAAUUUUAAAACUUAAAAAGACCAUAGUAGAAGUUAAACAGGAAGAAAAACACUGUAUACACUAGAUAUAAGCUGUUGUCAAAUAUACAUACAUUUUUGUUAAUAAAUCUGUUUAAAAUGGUA